AUGACGUUACUCUCCCCGUUCAGUACUUUCCUCCUCCUCAUCUUACACUACAACUUCUCCUUAACCACAUCAACCACUACUAUUAAUGUUACAGCAGGAGUAGGAGCAGCAACAACAGUGUCCAAAGAUGAAAUACCAUGCACAAUGUGCAUGGAAUGUGAACACCCAUGCCCUCUGCCAUCACCACCACCGCCAGUGGUUGAGUGCCCGCCGCCACCACCACCACCGCCAGUGGUUGAGUGCCCGCCGCCACCACCGCCAGUCAUCCCGGAAUGCCCACCACCACCCAAGCCUCCAUGUACUGACAAUUGCGAGUACCCUCCUCCAUUGCCACCAUCAGAUAAUUAUGGGCCACCCCCUCCGCCAUAUCCAAAACCUUUUCCACCAUACCCUUACUACUACCCUCCAUCGCAUGAUGAAUAUGACCAUUCUGUCCAUUUGAAAGCUCAGCCAGUUUUCAUCUCCUUUGCGUUCUUCCUUUCUUUUCUCUGCUUGUUGUAG